AUCAAAAGUUGAUGAUAUUCUAAGUCUGGCAUAUACAAAUGAUGCCUUGGCAGUAAAUGCACCCACUGAGGUGGGGCUGUUGACACACGGUAAAUUGAAAGUGGGCGGGCUAGUUCCACAACUGCAGAGACUUAACCACGUCCCUUGAGAAACCAACUUUUUUGACGAAUGCUGAACUUUUUUUUCUUACAAAGAACUGACAGCUGAAGUGUGUGGAAACUGGCCCAAUACCUUCAAUUCUGCUCAUAUGAGUUUUUAGGAUUGCAGAUAGUCUCUGGAUACACCACCAUUGGAAUGAAUGCGUGUACAGCCAGGAUCCUGAUCUAAAAAUACAGCUUUCAUAUUGUGUGACGACAAACGAUGAGUUUGGGGAGGGCAAAAUCAUGGCUAAAAGCCAUAUACUCAAGCCUACAGUAAAGAAAUUUGGGCUGAAGCUGCAUGGAGGUAACUGUGCAGACAAGGGAGAGAGAUCCACGGUCAGCGUCUUGCACGUCCCACUCUCCGGUACUGUGGAAUCUAACCACAGAAGAGGCACCCUUUUCUCUCGCGAGAGAGAGGAAUCCCGCUUUGCUGCUGAGCCACGCGUGGGCCCACCUGCCGAGAAACUGGGGUCUGGCUGCGCGCAGGAGCUUCUGGGAGUCGUAGUUUCUGGCUUUGCCCCGCAGAAUGUCACGCAUGCGCGACUCGGAGCUAACCCGAGAAGUUGGUAGCCUUUUGUCAGGCCCGGGAUGGGUGGUCCCACGUGAUCCGAGUGACGCUCUCCGCAGAGCUGAAGAGGGAAGAAGCCCUUCGAGGGCUCUGUGGACGACUAACUGCGAACCAGAGAAGAGCGGAACCUUAGGGACAUUGAAGAGGCGGUGAUCGUGGAGAUGGAUUUGGUUGAAGUGCCCCAGAAAAGAGCUCUGUCUUCCCAGGAUUCUCUUCUUUCCCAAGAAAAGAGUGCCGAAGGAGAAAUGGCCGCCCUGAGACUCACAGCCAAGUCCCAGGAGACUGUGACAUUCAAGGAUGUGGCCAUGGACUUGACACCAGAGGAAUGGGGGCAACUGGAUCCUGCACACAGGGACGUGAUGCUGGAGAACUACAGGAGCCUGGUCUCACUUUGGCUUCCCGUUUCCAAACCUGAGGACUAUAAUUUGGACGCUGGAAAAGAACUACUGGAGCUUGAGGAAAACCCUCCCAAAUGCAGUUACUCAGAUGUGGAAACUAGGCCUGAGAACAAGGAUUCAACUUCAGUACAAGACUUUUCCACAGAAGCAGCAUACCAGGUUACAAGAGCAGAAAAACUGACAGAAAAUACUGUUUAUGACUCCAGCUUGGAAACAGCUCACAAUUGUGAGCAUUGGUUAGAGCAUCAGCAAGGAAAUCAGGAAAAGCACUUAAGACAAAUGCUCCCUCACAUGAACUCCCUCCCUGUGGAAAAAGAUAGUGACUGUGAUAUAUAUUGGGAAAAUUGCAAUCAGAAACCACUCCUUAUGACUGACGAGAGAGUUCCCAAAGGAUCCUAUGACUUUCAUACACUUGGGAAAAGAUUGAAGCGGAAAUCAAACUUAAUGAAAAAGCAGAGACUUUAUAAAGAGAAAAAACCUCAUAAAUGUGAUGACUGUGGUGAACUCUUCACUUACCAUUCAGUGCUUAUUCGACACCAGCGAGUACAUACUGGAGAGAAACCCUAUACCUGCAGUGAAUGUGGGAAAUCCUUCAGCCACAGAGCCAAUUUAACUAAACACCAGAGAACUCAUACUAGAAUUCUCUUCAAGUGUAGUGAAUGCAAGAAAACCUUCAUAGAAAGUUCAUCCCUUGCUAUACAUCAAAGAAUUCACGUUGGAGAGAGACCUUAUGAAUGCAGUGAGUGUGGGAAAGGUUUUAACCGAAGUACACAUCUUGCACAGCAUCAGUUGAUUCAUACUGGGGUGAAGCCUUAUGAAUGUAAUGAAUGUGAUAAAGCUUUCAUUCACUCAUCAGCACUCAUUAAACAUCAACGAACUCAUACUGGAGAGAAACCCUAUAAAUGUCAGGAGUGUGGGAAGGCCUUUAGCCAUUGCUCAUCCCUUACUAAGCACCAGAGAGUUCAUACGGGAGAAAAGCCAUAUGAGUGUAGCGAAUGUGGGAAAACUUUCAGUCAGAGCACACACCUUGUUCAGCACCAGAGAAUUCACACUGGAGAAAAGCCUUAUGAAUGUAAUGAAUGUGGGAAAACAUUUAGCCGGAGCUCAAAUUUUGCUAAACAUCAAAGAAUUCAUAUUGGAAAGAAACCCUACAAGUGUGGUGAGUGUGGUAAAGCCUUCAUCCAUUCAUCAGCACUUAUUCAACACCAGAGAACUCAUACCGGAGAGAAACCUUUUAGAUGUAAUGACUGUGGGAAGAGCUUUAAAUGCAGCUCAUCCCUCAUCCGACAUCAAAGAGUUCACACUGAAGAGCAACCCUGAAAACGUACUGAGUGUUAAGAAAUGGAAGUUGGCUUUAUCACUGUGUUUAAUAUUUGAAUGUUUAAAUAGAAGGUACCUAAUGUGACCCUCAAGAGCAUUGUAUAUGUAUAUGAUUUCACUUGUCUGGUGUAUAACUUUGAACAACAGAUAAUGAAAACC